AUGUCAGACCCAGAUAAUGACAGACUUCAACCUGAUGAUAAUGCAGACCCAGAUAUAGCUCCACUUCAACCUGAUGAUAAUGCAGACUCAGAUAUAGCUCCACUUCAACCUGAUGAUAAAGCUGGUGUACGAGGAUGUCUAAGGCAACACUGGCAAAAAUUUACUCCCUUGGCUCUGUUGGCAGUAAUAAUAUUAUUGAAUGUUAUAAUCUUGUGUAUUUCUGGGGUACUUCUCAAAGCUACAGCUACAGUUACUUGCUCUUGUGAAGAAACUCAGCAACAAUCAGCAGGAUUUACUGGAGGGAAUGAUGGCAGUUACAUCAUGUCUGCUUUCUCUAACUUGUCUGGCUUGAUUAAACAAAAUCACCAAAUAACUUCAAACCUGUCAGACUUUGUUCAACAAAAUGGCCAAAUGAUUUCAAACAUUGUCGCUACUCUUGCCAAUCAUGGAUCCGUUGGUAUAUCCACUGCUGGUGCUGUUGAUGAUGUAUAUCUUGUAGUACAGAAAAUACUACAGAUACAGAAUGCAACUUCUGUAUUGAACUCUGCUACACCAGUGUCCUGUAAAGCUAUUAAGGAGGUUCUGCCUAAUAGUCCUUCUGGCUACUAUUAUGUUAACGGUCGCAACAUUUACUGUAGUCCUCAAAACUUAACCCUUAAGUCUUUCAUUGGUAAUGACUACUUCUGUGAAUCUGGUAAUCCUUCUACUAAUGGUAGAUCGCUGCGCAUACUCUAUACAUCUGAUCCAUUGUGGGAUGGUGAAGGAUGUGGUAGUCUUGAAGGUAAUUGCUGUACAUCUCGUCCUAGUCUUCCAUGGUUCAAUAAAGCACUUGGCACUACUACUACUGACUACCUUGAGAUGAGGAUAUGUGGAGAUCAGGGUACAUAUGAUGAAGAUGUUCCUGAUACAGAGGGAGUGGUCACAUGCUCGGACGAGACCAGGCACAACCUUACCGGAGAGGAUUAUGUAACAUUCAAAGAAGUUGAAGGAAUGACUGAACUCAAUGGCUGCCAGCCCCGACCAGUUAAAGAAUUAGGUCCCUAUACAUUCUCUAUUGGUGAUACGACUGGUUUUAGUGACUAUGUUAAAGGAGGUGCUGCUGUUCAAGUUAAAAUGCCAAAGACAUUUAAAUUUAAAUCCAUUAAUGAGUCGUUGAAUGAACCUGAGUUUUUGAUAUCCGAUUUUGCAAAGUUUGAAAGACCAGCACAACUUCAUAUUGGAUUCCAAGCUCUUCAUUCUUAUAAGAGUAAGUGUGGUUGCUUGCCACGUCCUUACAACAGAGAAGAUGGUGCUAAGUUUCUUGAAGUUGUCAAGGAAGUCAAUACUGCUGCAGUUGCUAAAAUUGAUGAGAAAUUGAUGAUGAAGCUAUCAUACUUAUCCAGAGGUGACUGUAGUCCAAUGCAAGCUGUAAUAGGAUCCAUCACUGCACAGGAAGUUAUGAAGGCUUGCAGUGGUAAAUUCUCUCCUCUUGUCCAGUGGUUUUAUUUUGAUGCUCUUGAGUGUUUGAGUGAAGAGGAAGGAGGGGAUGAGUUACCAGAGGCAGCUGCUGUUCCUCAGGGCAGUAGGUAUGAUGGACAGAUUGCUAUAUUUGGAUCAGACUAUCAAAAGAAACUGGAACAGUUGAAAUAUUUCAUAGUAGGAGCAGGUGCUAUCGGCUGUGAAUUGUUAAAGAACUUUGCUAUGAUUGGGAUUGGUGCUGGCCCAAAUGGUAAAGUGUUUGUAACAGAUAUGGAUCAUAUUGAGAAGAGCAAUCUUAACAGGCAGUUUCUAUUCAG